AAGUAGUGCAGCAGAAAUAUAUGUAUACUUUCAAACAUUGAUGACUUGAAGAGAAAGCUGAUGUGAAAAAAAAUUUGUAAUAAUGAUAUUCAAUGUUAGCUUUCAUCAAUGGAACAUAAUCUUAAUCGUGUACGAAAAGAAAACAUCAGUAUUAUUACGCAUUAGGGCAAAGAAAAGUGUGUGUCCAUGUACCUAUGUACAAAAAAUUGAAUUUAAAUAAGGUGUAAUUUUGUAGCAGAGAUACUCAAAAGUUCACAUAAAAGUCAACCGAAGAGAAAUGAAAGCAUUUAUUGUAUAUAUUUAGCAACUUAUCAAUAGCAUUUUAUGCUACCGAUGAUUUUUUUUUCGUCGAUAACUCAAGAGGAAACAAUGGAUACAAUGAUAUGUGGCCUUAAAAAGUCGUACUAUUUUCGCAAAAAAAUAGUUCGCAAAUUAUCAUAGAAUCAAAGCGUUUAAAAAAAAAAUAUUGUUAUGCAAAUAAUUAAAAACAAUAUUGCAAUACAAGAUUUUCAAAAGUUUUCUGGAAUUAACGGAUGCAAUUUGGUUAAACUUUGUUUUGACAAAUAAGUAGGGCACGCCGUAUUCAUACGCCACGCGCCAUUUUUCUGGCUAUCAACAGCUGAAUAACGUUCGUGUUUACUUCAAGUUUUAUACAUCAAAGACAAAGAUUUGCUGAAAAUUAACAUCGCAAAGAUGAUGUCUUUGUCCAAACUCAUCGCUGCCAAAACAGCAAAACCCUACAGUCAACCAGUAAAGGUUACUGUAGUUGAGGUCGGAAGGUCAAGCAGUUACAAGACUGAUAAGGGAGAAGACAAACAUAUUACAGUGGUGGGUGCAUGUGAUCGUGAGCAUGCAAUAAAAUUGAAUGUAUAUGAUCCUGCAAAAGUUGCCCUAAUGAAGGAGGGAGGGUGUGUAAUGUUAAUGAAUUACAUAUUUAAGCAGGAACCGGACAGGGCAAUUGUCAUCACGAACAAAUGGAAAGUGAUGCAAACAUCACCCAUGCUUGACUUGAAUGAAGAUAUCAGGCAAAAGGCAAGGGAAUUGGCAAACCCUGCACCUGCAAGACUGGUAGGCUGCAAGUCAGCGAAACUGUCACCUAUAAAAUCCCUUGUGUCUGUUCAAGGAAAGGUCAUAUCUGAGGAGGCAGUCAGAACAGUGAAGGUGAGAGGUGCUGAUGUUCAGGUAAAGAACAUCAACAUUCAGGACUCAACUGACACACUGAAAGUGGCGCUCUGGAGGGACCUUACCGAUUCCUCGCUAGUUGGCCAGUAUGUCAAGUUACAGAACGUUGUGGUCACCUCAUACAAAGAUGAGGUUUCCGUCUCUUCAACAGCAAGGACACAAAUUGAGGACUGCCAAGAACCUGCCUCUACCAUAGAUGGAACGGUGGUGGCAUUUGAGGAAGGAGACUUAACUUUCUCCCUCAUGGUAGAAUGUGGAGAGAACUUCUCUACAUACGACGUCCCUGCAGAAAUGGUUUCAAGCGCUUAGA